AUGGUAGACGGCGUCUCGAUGAAGAUGGCGUUGCUGCUCACCUUGAACCAACUACUGUUCUUGAGAACGUUCCUCAAGACGUGGUCCUUGCUAAUCCAUAACAUUUUGGUAAGCGUCCAGCCGGGUCCCUUCGAAGCUACUGCUGUCACCUUCCAAGGCGAGGCCGGGGUGCUGCACCAUCAGUAGUGGUGGCCUCUCGAGAUCCUGUUCCUUGCCCGUGAGGAAGGAAGUGCGGCUCUGGCCCGGUGGCAACAUGUCAAGCGCUUGCAAGCGCAUAAUAUAUGUAGAAGACGUAUGUAGACUAGUCUCGACUAUCUAGCAUAUGAUGUAGGGGAGUC